AUAAAACGAAAGUAUCAUUCACCCAAAAAAAUAUGACAGGGAAAAUAGGGUUACUUUAUGUAAAGAACACCAAAACAUUACAACCGCUAUCACAGGAAAUAAAAUCCUUAAUUGGGCAAAAGCAAAGAGUGGUUGAUGCUGGCGUUGAUGAGGGAAAGAUAAUAACAGGAAAACUUAGAUCAGUUGCAAAGUCCAUUGGGAAGGAUCUUGAGCUAGUAUCAUCUCUGAUUGUCAUAACAGACAAUGUUUUCUGGGACACAUUUUGGAAAGAGCCAUCAAAUAAAAUCCAAAACAAACUGGAAGAGCUGUUGGGUGAUGAUGAAGAAGAUGAAGGAAUUGACUUCAUUUUGGUUGUGGUUUGUAACAUAAACCAUCUUCUCCUUCCGGCCUGUUUUCCUUCUUUUGCCCCAAAAGUCACUGAGAGAGGUGAAAAAGAAGAAUACAUGAGGCAUGAAUCAAAAGUAUAUCACAUGGUUGUAUCUAUGGACAACAACACUCCAGACAUCAUCAAAAGAUUAGCCAAGGAUAUUGUGGACAAAUUCAACAAACUUAUUUGCUAUAAUACCUCAAAGGAUCAGGUAGAUACGGUCACCCCUGUACAGACUCCAAUACAUAGCAUAGAACCAAAGUUUCCAAAAAUGGAAAUUGUGGAAGAUCACAAACAAGCUCCAUGCUUUUAUUUAAACACAACGGAUGAAGAUGAAAACUUAACAGAUUCUGGUGAUAAAAUAAAUGUCAACGCGACGUACUCUGGUGAAAAACACGAAAAUGGAAACGCCUAUCCCCUUGAAAGUCCAGGACUCUGUCUUUACAUUGGUGUUUUUGAAUUCGAGUCUAAGGAAGCUGCUAUAUCAUUACAGCAUAGGCGUCCUUCAGCACACGAACUUAAAAUAGUGAGGAAUUGUUUUGAAGAACUUGGAUGUUUUGUAAAAAAGAAACUGAAUCCAACUGCUCAACAAACAGAAGAAUUUUUACAAGAAGCAAUUAAAUGGUGUGGAAAACUGAACCCAAGCUACGUUGUGCUGAUUAUCAGUACACACGGACAAGAGGUAUCCAUUGCUAUAAAAGAGGACAAGUCAGAGUCAACUGAGCAGCACCCAUCUGGAAUCACGGGUCAAAAGAUAAACAGGACUGAAAGGGUACAUCAGUUGUUCUUCCAAGAUGGAACGUCUCUUUUUACCAGAGACAUUGUCAGAAUGUUUGACCGACGCAAAUGUCCAGCUCUUAAAGGAAAACCCUGUUUUUAUUUCAUUCAGUCAUGCAGAAGCCGAUUUGAUUUACAUGAACAUACGAACUUUGAUCCUGGGGUGAUGGUCAAUGUAUUGACUGAAAAAAAUGAUAUCAGGGCUGGUACAGAAAACCCUGAUUCUGUAGAAGCCUCGGGAGUUACCUCGCAUCAGGAUACAACAGAUGCCAAGAAAAGUACCAGAAAGCAAACAGAGGAAGAUAAAGAGGCCAGGAUAAAGCAAAUCCAGGAGGCAAGUAUAAGAAAAUUGACAUUUCUUUUACAGUGGCUUGAAAAGGAAAAACUUUACACCAAAAUUUUGAACUACACAGCAUUUCUUGUGAAGGUUAAUCCACCCACCUUAACACAUGAAGCACAGAAAACAAAUGACAAGAUGGCCACUCAUUUAUCCGAGACUUUACUUGCAGAAGGCCUCUCAACUGACCAGGUUACAAAAAUUAAAAAGGAAUGUCAAGGAUAUGAACAAGAGAUUCUGGAUUUCUUUUUCCCGGAGCCUAUUAUAUGUGAUCCACCACCCUGUGUCAAUGAUACGUUAGUCAUGUUUGCCUCUGCUCCAGGAAAGGAGGCGUAUAACAGAGAUAAUCAAGGAGGCUGGCUGAUAAAAAAUCUAGAGACUCAGCUUAAAGAAACAUUGGAAACAGACCCAGAAAAAGUUGAUCUCCUGGCGGAGCUUACAAAGGUCUCCUGGAGAGUGGCUUAUAAAUACGAGACAGAUACAUACGCCAGUGAGAGCAGCGGGCAUAAGUCUGUACCUUGUCUGUACCAUAGACUCAGUAAAGAUGCCGUUAUUUGGCCAAAGAAGAUAAGGGCGGUGAAAAAUACUUAUGAGAAAGAUGAGAAGUUAAAGGACUUUUUGAAGUGGAUUGACAGCAAUUAAACACUUUGAAAUUUCAAUCAAAUAAACAGAGAUGUUAAGCCAAAAGAAGCGUAAGACUAGCAUAUACAUGACUGAUUUUCUUGCUCAAUGUCUGACAUCAUAAAUGAUCUUAUAUUGUCAUUAUUACGUAUUAGUAUUGAUUUUCCUGGUAACAUUUGCUGAUUCAGUAUAACCCUUUAAAACAGAGCUCCCUGUUAUCUAAUAGUAUUUUAUUUUAAGUUUUUAUAUCUCAUUCUCCAUGCUCUUGAUACAGGUAUGUGUUAGUAAUAGGUUUUUUGUACUGUGAUAUUGUAUGUUGACAAGAAAAAAUGAAGUUUAAUGAUUGCAAGUCUUUACAUAUAUAUCAGAACAUACCUCUCUCUUUCUAUCUGUUAUUAUUAUUUUUCAUAAGCGCAGAAUGUUAAGAAUUUUUACUUGGUACAAAAGAGUGUUUAAUUGACAAAUACAUAUAUAACUGUUUUCAUUGCUCAAGGUCUGAUCUUAUAAAUGAACUCAUUAUAACGUCUACAUGAACAGUUAUUUUUUUUCCUGAUAACAUUUGAUUGUUCUACAUUUACCAAAUGGAGAAAACUAUGUCAUGUUUUAAUUAUUCAAAUGUUCAAGUUUUGAUCUCUUCAUCUGUAUGACACAUUUACCAGGUGUCUUAGUGAAGGUCUUUCGUAGUGAAAUUGUUAAAUGACAAUAAAAUUGAGUGUUUAUUAAUUAAGUCAUUUUUAAUGUUGACUACACUCUUUGCACAUGUUAUUUAUAUAAACAUCAUUAUAUGUGACCAUAAUUUUAUGUCUGUAUUAUACAAUUAUUGACUUUUGAUGAGGUCUACUUGGGACUAUAUACGGACUUGGUCAGGUAUUGGUUUACAAAGGCCGAUGGCAACUAAUACCAGAUCAGGUCCGUUAAGUCACGAGUAAACCGAAUUCAAAAGUCAAUAACCGUUUAAUU